GAAGGUGAGUCGUGCUCGCGACAGACGCCAGAGCUCACGGGCGCCGGCCGUGUGGGAUGCGGGGCCGGCCGAAGGAGGGCGCUUUGUGUCGGGACGUGCUGGUGAAGCACUUUCUUUGGCAGUGGACAAACAGAAGGGUCUCUGCUUAUUCUGUCUCUCGUUAGUUGUCCGCGUCAGCACUUUUUGUUUUUUUUUUUCCGCUAAAUCUUCAUUGGGAUCAAUUCAACUGUAUAGGAGCAGAAACAACCGUACGAGCGGUUUAUACCUUUGCUGAAAUUUUUCCCUUACUUUCGGUGCUUGAACUUCCCAUGAUGAUUCUGACAACCGGUGUUUGUUCAGCUUCGAAAUGUCUGCGAUCAGUUCGCUUGCUGUUUGUUCCACCUGCUUGAUGGAGCCAUGAAUCUGUUCCCUGCAGGUUUCUCCAGGUUUUCCAACAUGUUUGGAAAAAAGAAGAAGCGGCUGGAGAUCUCCGCUCCCUCCAACUUCGAGCACCGGGUGCACACGGGCUUUGACCCGCGGGAGCAGAAGUUCACCGGCCUUCCCCAGCAGUGGCAGAGCCUGCUGGCCGACACGGCCAACCGGCCCAAGCCCAUGGUGGACCCGUCUUACAUCACCCCCAUACAGCUGGCACCCAUGAAGAUAUCUCCCAAGAAAGUCCAGUCGUCCGAAACACCGUUGCGAAAAACUAUUGUGCGAGGGAGCAGGCCUCAGAAAGACACCUCGAUCAAUGGUCUCCUGGAGGAGUUUGACAACAUUUCCGUGACCCGCUCAAAUUCCCUUCGAAAGGAGAGUCCCCCAGCUCCGCACCAGUCUGGCUCCAAGCGCUCCUCCAAUGCGCCUGAGGAGAACGGCUUUGGCCACUACUACUCACGCUACUCCUGUGACCUGGACAGCUCCAAAGACUUCCCAGCAGACAGCUAUAAGGACAAGGUGUCCUUCGAUGGGGAGUGGGCCGUGGGGAGGCACUAUCGGUUAGCCAAGCAGAACGGGCACACCAUCAGGAGUCCCUUUUACCCAGAUGCCAUGCCUCAGAAAUCAGACUAUGCCAAGAUGCCCCCCGACUACCACACGUACCUGGAGACCAAGGGGCGGUUGGAGGAGGGGGCUGCAGGAAGCCGGGACUACUACCCAGUGUCCUCCGGGUCAUCGGCCCAGGACUACAGGGAACAGCCCCUGGGCACGCCCUCCCGGACAUCCCUCCACAGCGAGCAGAUCUACUCUGACAGCGAGUGGGGAUUCGCACCUUCCCGCGAGGAGUAUGAGAAAAGACCAAAGUCAUCCUAUGUGACCCAGACCAGCCCCCAGCCUGCCAUUCGCCAGAGGUCCCGGUCCGGCUCAGGACUGCAGGAGCCCAGCUUGCCAUAUGGAAUUAGUGCUUUCAAGUCUACCCAGCAGGGCCACUACAGCUCCUACACGUACCCGCGCCUCUCUGAAACUGUGAGCGCCUCCCAGGGAGAUUAUGACAGGAUGUCCAGGGAUGGAAGCCCCCAGGUGCCCGGGGCAGAAACCUACCCCCGCGGCCCCCUUAAACUACCUCAGAGCCAAGCCAAACUGAGCUACCCUAGCAGCUUCCAGUACCCGCCAACAUUCCACUACAAGCCCUCGCCGUACCACCACCCCCCUUCCCAGCCGAGCCCUCCCUACACUCCUCAGGGUGCGUACUCGCAGCCCUGCUCCCCGUACAUCCCCCCAGGGGCUUACCCUCCCCCUAGCUGGGGUUCUGCGUCCGACCAGCCCCCGUCCAGGGUGUCCCACGAGCAGUUCCGGGCCGCGCUGCAGCUGGUGGUGAAGCCGGGCGACCCGCGCGAGUACCUGGACAAUUUCAUCAAAAUAGGCGAAGGAUCCACAGGCAUUGUGUGUAUUGCCACAGAGAAGCACAGCGGCAAGCAGGUGGCCGUCAAGAAGAUGGAUUUGCGCAAGCAGCAGCGCAGGGAGCUGCUCUUCAACGAGGUGGUGAUCAUGAGAGACUACCAUCACGAGAAUGUGGUGGACAUGUACAACAGCUACUUGGUAGGAGAUGAGCUGUGGGUUGUCAUGGAGUUCUUGGAGGGCGGCGCUCUCACUGACAUCGUCACUCAUACAAGGAUGAACGAGGAGCAGAUAGCCACGGUGUGUCUGUCUGUGCUCAGGGCUCUGUCAUACCUCCACACGCAAGGAGUCAUCCACAGAGACAUCAAGAGUGACUCCAUUCUCCUCACCAGCGACGGAAGGAUAAAACUGUCUGACUUUGGCUUCUGUGCCCAAGUGUCAAAGGAGGUUCCAAAGAGAAAGUCUUUGGUUGGCACUCCUUACUGGAUGGCACCAGAAGUCAUUUCCAGAUUGCCAUAUGGUACAGAGGUGGACAUCUGGUCCUUGGGAAUCAUGGUAAUUGAGAUGGUGGAUGGGGAGCCACCGUACUUCAAUGAGCCACCCCUCCAAGCCAUGAGGAGGAUCCGGGACAACUUGCCGCCCCGGCUGAAAGAGUCACACAAGGUGUCCUCUGUGCUGCGGGCCUUCCUGGACCUCAUGCUGGUGAGGGAGCCCUCGCAGCGGGCUACAGCGCAGGAGCUCCUGCAGCAUCCCUUCCUCAAGCUGUCGGGCCCCCCCUCGUGCAUCGUACCCCUCAUGAGGCACUACCGCCACCGCUGACUGACUGACUGAGUGGCAGGGCAGCGCCUCGCAGGCUGCGCUGGAAGUUCCCAACACUGACACCGUUACCGUGUUGUAGCUUAGGAAAAAGGUCAGCCUCUGUUUAAAAAACAACCUGCCAUGAGAUGCAGGCUACCUUGAAGUGAGUACUGACCCCAGUCUUUACCAUGUAGAUGUAAAGUAGAAUCUGUGGGGUGACACUUAGGUACAGUUUUCUCUUUUAGGCAAUACAUUCUGAUUACCUUGUACAGUGUGGUAGCCGCCGAGGAGAGAGGACACCGAGGGUGCGGUAAGACGCCUUUCAGCCAGACAGCGACGUUAACGGGACCCUGUGAAUUGCCCGAAUUGCUGCUCGCGACGAAGGGGCAGGAUGCAGAGUGUUCACAAGCUACCCAUUGAAUUUUGCUUUUUUCUUGCAGUAUAAAAAUAUUCUAAUUUUCUCCUCUAACACUAAUAGUGUUAUGUAUUUUAGAUCAACUGUAUUUUUUUCUGUACAGUUUUGAUAACCUCCUGUAUUUUGUUGUGAUGUAACUAUUGUGAUAUGGGCAGUAUUAAAUAUAAUUAAGAUAGUUUCUGCAAAGAUUUUUCCUACUAUUUAUAAUCCAAUUUUGAUUAAGAAAUGAAGAGCACCUAAAUAAACCAACCCCUUACUGAAAGAAAUACCAACCAUAAUAUAUUUAUUAUCAUAAAACAUUUGUAGACAGAAUUUCCUGUCAGUGUGGAAAAAAUGGUAUUGGCAGAAUUUUGUAUGCUGUAAAGUUAUUAUUUAUUUUUUGAAUUGAAGAUUUAUUUUUCAGUAGUGUAGGCUUUUUUAUUUAUUUUAUUUUCUAACUAUCAGAAGACAGUGACAUUAGUUAUAUCAUACAAGCAAUAUUUAUAUCUUGUUUAUCAUUACAU